GUGAACAUUUUAAAACAUUUAUGGUAACAUUCUCCACCCCACUGUCACGUGUAGCGUAAAUUACAUCUGACUAACAUCGGCCUUUUGAUGAUCAUAUAUGUAAAAGGAAACAAAAAAGGGUCAUUGACUGGAGAACUUUUGAGCGGGAAACGCAGAUGCCGCUGUCUGUUUGAAAACAGGAAACGCACUGUCAUUGGCCGCCUCACGCUGUGACGUAAACACAAUAGCCAAUCAAAUGCCGCCGAUGACGCACCGCCCAAUGCUGCAGGAGAGAUUAAAAAUCCCCUGCAAAAGUGUCUGACCAUUCUGUUGAAGAGAACGAGACAGGAAACUCGAGGAAAUGGCAAGAACCAAGCAGACGGCUCGUAAAUCCACCGGAGGCAAAGCCCCGAGAAAGCAGCUCGCCACCAAAGCCGCCCGUAAGAGCGCUCCAGCCACCGGCGGCGUCAAGAAGCCUCACCGCUACAGGCCCGGCACCGUGGCUUUGCGAGAGAUCCGUCGCUACCAGAAGUCCACCGAGCUGCUGAUCCGUAAGCUGCCCUUCCAGCGUCUGGUGCGAGAGAUCGCUCAGGACUUCAAGACGGACCUGCGCUUCCAGAGCUCCGCCGUCAUGGCCCUGCAGGAGGCCAGCGAGGCUUAUCUGGUCGGUCUGUUCGAGGACACCAACCUGUGCGCCAUCCACGCCAAGAGAGUCACCAUCAUGCCCAAAGACAUCCAGCUGGCCCGCCGCAUCCGCGGAGAGCGCGCUUAAACUCA